UUGCACCCGAUUCAAGAGCCGAAUGGCUCACAGGGCUAUACCAAAAUAAAUGAAACUGAAAAACUGAAACUUAUUUUUCAAUCUCAGAACAAUAAAACACCACCACCGAAUCCGGUAGAUUCUUCUUAAACCGGUAGAAUCUCCUGCAAAAUAUAUUUACGAAAUAAAACGCCACCACCGAUUCCGGUAGAAUCUUCCUAAACCGGCAACCGUUGCUGUAGGAGUCCCGCUCGUUCCCGUCCGAUUGGUUCGACUUUGCCACGUCACGCGUCAUCGGCCAAUCAGCGGGCGCGUUGCGCCGUUGCUAUGAUGGUUGCAAUGGCAGCUUCACGUUGCCGCCGCUGUUGUUAAGGGACGAUAACAAAACUUAGCAAUGGCGGGGAGAGUGAAGUGGGCCACGGACGUGGAGAAGUCGGUGCUGGUGAACAACUUCGAGAAGCGCGGCUGGGUCCAGGUGGCUCCUGACGAGGCGUGGAAUAUUUAUUGGGCGAGCGUGCAGAGCACCCGCGGCAUCUUCAGCCUGGAGACGGGAUUCCGCCUGGCCGACGACCAGCUGGUCAACCACUACCCCAACCACUACGAGCUCACGCGCAAGGACCUCAUGGUGAAGAACAUCAAGCGCUACCGCCGGGACCUGGAGCGCGACGGCAGCGUUGUCGCCGAGCGUGAUGACACCGGCCGAUACCUGCACCUCGAUUUUGUUCCGGUGACGUUCCUGCUGCCGGCCGACUACAACCUGUUUGUGGAGGAGUUCCGCAAGAACCCGUUGAGCACGUGGAUCAUGAAGCCGUGCGGCAAGGCGCAGGGCAAGGGCAUCUUCCUCAUCAACAAGCUGUCGCAGAUCAAGAAGUGGUCGCGCGACUGCAAGACCAACUCGUUCGUGGCUCCGUCGGCGAAGGAGGCGUACGUCAUCUCCCUGUACAUCGACAACCCCCUCCUCAUCGGGGAGAAGAAGUUUGACCUGAGGCUCUAUGUGCUCGUCACCUCCUACCGCCCGCUCAAGUGCUACAUGUACCGGCUCGGCUUCUGCCGCUUCUGCACGGUCAAGUACUCCCCCAGCACCAACGAGCUGGACAACAUGUUCGUCCACCUCACCAACGUGUCCAUCCAGAAGCACGGGGACGACUACAACGUGAUCCACGGGGGCAAGUGGACCGUGAGCAACCUGCGGCUGUUCCUGGAGAGCACGCGGGGUCGCGAGGUCACCAACAAGCUCUUUGACGACAUGCACUGGAUCGUGCUGCACUCGCUCCGCGCCGUCGCGGGAGUUAUGGCAAAUGACAAGCACUGCUUCGAGUGCUACGGCUACGACAUCAUCAUCGAUGACAAACUCAAGCCCUGGCUCAUCGAGGUGAAUGCGUCUCCCUCGCUCUCCUCCACCACGGCCAACGACCGUAUCAUGAAGUACAACCUCAUCAACGACACGCUCAACAUCGUCAUGCCGGGCGCAGACAUGCCCGACCCGCGCUGGAACAAGGUGCCGGCUCGAGAGGCCCUCGGAAACUACGACCUCCUCUACGACGAGGAGUUGGCCGCGCAGAGCGAGGCGGCGGCGGUGUUGGAACGUGACCCCAGGGGCCGCACGGGGUCGCACGUCUUGGCCAAGGCCCCCGCACGGCCGCGAGACUCGGGGAGGCCUCUGCCGACCACGUGGAAGUGAGGACACCCUCGCGCAAACGUGGAUGCAGUGGUGGCUCCAAGUUCGGGAACGGAGCUGGUGGGACAGCCCCACGAGUUAAAAAAGAAAGACCUAAUCAGUACCCGCCUGAUCGUUUAUCAAGAAUGUAAACCGUAUUCUCCCUCAACUCCCAUUUAUCCAUCGGAUGUCACUGUGGAGCGCCAAGCCUCACCCAUUGGCGAGAGCCGGGACAAGCCAUCGGGUCAGAUUGAAAAUGAUCAUACCACGAAGCAGUGCCGGAUGAAGCUCGUGCGGGGCCUGUAGCAUAUGCUAUAAAGGGGCCCUAAAUAAAAAAAAACACACAUUUUUUUUACUUGCACAUUAUAGUA